CUAUCGAAUUAUUUGAAUCGACCCGGAAACAUUAUCUUUCAGAGACCGAAAUGGCCGUCUCAGGGAGAAAUGCCAUUAUUCAGCUCCUGACGCUUGCGCUACUCGCAAUUUCAGUGGCCAAUCAAGCGCUUGGUAUCAGAAUAGCGGAUCCGAUAUCUGAUCCCUCCCGGGACGCUUCGGAUCAGGCCCUCAAAAUCGCCGUCUUCGCUCUCGGUAGCUUCUGGAGAUCCGAAGCUGUCUUCGGGUGCGUUAAUGGAGUAAUACGGACCACCGCGGGUUAUUCCGGCGGAUCCAAGUCCAACCCCGAAUACAGAAGCCUAGGCGAUCAUGCCGAGUCCGUACAGGUAGAAUAUGAUCCUAGGGUGAUAAGUUUUAGGCGGCUUUUGGAGGUGUUUUGGUCUAGUCAUGAUUCAAGGCAAGUGUUUGGCCAAGGUCCUGACGUAGGUAACCAAUACAGGUCUAUUAUCUUUACUAAUGGUACUGAGGAGGCUAGAUUAGCUGCCGUUAGCAAAGAAAAGGAGCAAUUGAGGUCAAGGAUCAGCAUCGUUACUACUCAAAUUCAACAGCUUGUUGCAUUUUAUCCUGCAGAACCUGAACAUCAGAAAUUUGAGCUCAAGCGAAGGCCAUUUCUUCUUCAGCUGAUGGGAAACUUGCCUGAAGACGAGCUUGAAAGGUCAAGUUUGGCAGCUAAACUAAAUGGUUACGCAGCGGAGCUCUGCCCUCCAAAGAUUCGAAAUCAGAUUGAUGCGAAGAUCAAUCAGAUCGUUAGGAAAGGUUGGCCUGUUUUGAAAGACGUUUAGGUGGCUUUUUUAAGAGAAGCUAAUAAACUGACAGAGAUCCUCCCUUAAGUGCGCCCUUGCAUGCUGUUGUUUAUGUGAAGCUGUCGGGUAUUGCAAGUUACAGCUGAUAGAAGCACACAAAUUUUGGGUACCCUUUAACAUGAUCUGAAUUCUUUUGUUACUCAAAUCUCAAAUAGUCUUGAGCAUAUCUUUGUAACGACUUUUUUACCCCUUGUGUUGUUGUGAUAGAAUUUAUUUCAUUACUUGUUCACAUUGCAGAUUUUUGUUUGGACAUUAAGAACCUGAAAAUUUUUUUGGUGC